AGUUGUAAGUGUCGAGCGCUCGGAGAGAGAACACCUCUUCCCCAGGAGCUCGCUCUCUCUCUCUCUCUCUCUCUCUUUCUCGCGCCCUCGUUUUCUUUCUGAGUCGAGUCCGUCACUCCCCCCACGUGUCUGAGUUCAACACGCGCACCGCAACUGAAGCGUUCACACUGUGAUUGUCUUUUACGUUCAAAAUCUCUUGCGUUCGCUGGUUGGGGAUUGAAUACCUGGCCGCGCUGCUGCUGUAAGGUUCAGGAGCCGCGUAGCCAUGACUUUACUGAAGAUGGACACAACAAUGCUGGUGGUGAUGGCCUUGCUGAUGGCUGUGGUGUGGGCAGAUAAGGCUCCUCAGGGUCCCCCACUGCACCACUUCUCAGGCCAAAACAGCUAUGACUCUGGGCAAAUUGUGGCACAUCCUCAGGUGUACAGUGGAUCCCAGCAUAGCAUUGGUGUUGCCUCAAGUUAUGGAGGUGGUGGUAUUGGUCAUGGUCAUGGUGGUGGUGGUAUUGGUUAUGGCCAUGGGGGUGGUGGUAUUGCCCAUGGCCAUGGCGGUGGUUAUGGUGCCGGUGGUGGCGGUGGGUACCCUCACCCAGACAGCCUGACCUACCACAGCACCAGCUACCAAACACACCAUGUGCCAGUGGCCGUGCCGUACGGUGAUGGUGGCCAGCGGGGAAAGGGCAAAGGCAAGGGCAAAGGUGGACCAUUCAGGCAGCUCAAUAAAAUGUUUGAAGAUGCUGGGAAGAAGCUUAGCAAGUUUGUGAGUGACUACAUUGAUUACAAUGUAGAUGACCAUCAUGAGACAACUUACUCCUAUGCUGCACCCAUCCACCACGCUCCUGCUGUUCACUCAUAUGCUCCGGUACACCAAGGCCACAGCCACGGCCACCAAGGCUACGGGCAGUCUGACUACUAUGCCUACCAAGCCGUCCCUGUGCCUACCUAUGAGGAGGAGGAGUAUGAUGACUAUGAGGAAUCCUUUGGCAGCAAGUUAGCAAAGGGGUGGAAGGAUGCCAAGGACCAAGUUCGCAAGUGGGAGGAGGAAGCUACCAAGACGAUCAAGGGCUUCUUCACUCAAGAUUAUGGCAGCGAUGGCAAGGGAGGCAAGGGAAGCAAGGGAGGCAAAGGAGGGAAAGGUGGAGAUGACAGCCCUGACUACAUAUACUAUGAGGUCCCUGCACCGUACGGAAAGGGCAACUAUGCCUCUGCAGCCUCCUACUCCAGCCAAGAGUCAGGCGACAAGGGUCAUGGUGAUGCUGGUCAUGAUGAGGUUACUGAAGACCAUGGUGGUGAUGGAGGCGACAAGGGUCAAGGUGGCGGUAGUUAUGGUGGGGUCACUGGAGGCCAUGGUGGAGAUGGAGGUGACAAGGGCAAGGGCUUUGGUGGUGGUCAUGGAGGAUUUGGUGGUCAUGGAGGAUUUGGUGGCAAGGGAGGAUUUGGUGGCAAGGGAGGAUUUGGUGGCAAGGGAGGAUUUGGCAGAGAAAAAGUGAAGGGAGGAGGAGGAGGAGGAGGAGGAGGAGGAGGAGGAGGAGGAGGACACUUCAUCCCUGCAGCACCAAAGCCGAUUGUGUCACAUCCUGUGUCAUCCUAUGGUUCUCCUCCCACCUCAUAUGGGGCACCACCACCUUCCUCAUCCUAUGAUGCACCACAGAUCUCCUCCUACUCAUCCUCCUCAUCUUCCUACAGCGAACCAAUUGGACAUGGAGGACAUGGUGGUCAUGGUGGUCAUGGUGGACAUGGAGGACAUGGGGGACAUGGUGGUCAUGGUGGUCCUAUCCCUGUUGUUCCCCACAAUGCAGGUCAUCAUGAAACAUCGUCUUAUGCCUCAUAGGAAGCAGCUGACCACACACCCCAGCCUUAUGUAGCCCCAGUACCCAGCACAGCCCUUCAAGGUGUGCUGAGCUGAAGGCAAAUCUUCAAACAAGCACUGCUGUAGCAUGUGGAAUGUCACUGUGCUGUCACUGGGUGCUGCAUGCCACUGAGCUGGGUCAAGUUUGGGCAAAGGAAUAUUGUUGAUUUCUGUACAAAUUUUAUGAGGAGCAAGUCUGGCAUAGUUAUCUUAAAGUUGUGCAAUCCCUUAUUCUUUCUACUCUUCUUCCCACAUAUACAUAUAGAAUCCCUCUGCAGGCACAAUAGCACAUAGCAGCUUACUCUGUCCUCCUGGCACUGUCUAAGACAGCAAGUCCAAGUGUGUGUCUGUUAUUCCUCAAAUGAUAAAUUGUGUAAAGUUUCAUCUUGCUUGUCAAGAUUUUGUAUAAUUUGAACCUUUGUUUAUUUCUUAAAGACCUUUAUACUCUCUUCAACUGAUAUUUGUUCUUUAACUAAGGUUUGCUUCAUGUGCUCUCUGUCUUGUAUUUUUGUUAUUUAUAAGAUGUUAUCAUAUUGUUAGUUUUACUAGUUCUUUCUAUACCUGUUGUGAUGCCAAAAAUGCUAAGUGAGAGAGAGGCACAAGAGAAUUUUUGUGGCACUAUAGUAGUGUUUGAUUCUAAUAUCUGGUGGUGCCCAAGUAAUUAUCUGAUUAUUUGAAGAUACACAUAAAUUUUAUUUUAUUUUAUUUUUAUUUUCAUUUCUUAUUUUUAUUUUUUAUCUUAAUAUUUUUUCAAGACUGUUGGCAUUUCUGUCCCAAUACUUUGAUAAGAAAUUUUCUCUACUGACUGAUCUGUAUCUCACUGAGCAUGAGGCUUCACUCAGCAAUGAUGGCUGGCCACUCAGGUAGCAUGAGGCACGCAGCCCCAUGCACUGGGCAGCCACAACAGUAUUAGCUCAAGUGGUGCUUGCCUCCCACACUUCCUCCUCUGGCAAUAGGUCUGCUUCCCUUGGACUGCAAGUAUUACCAAACAUUUUUGUAUUAUUUACAAGUUUUAAGGUGUGAAUGAUUGGGUAUGUAUUCAUAAAUACUGCAUAUAUAUUUCAUUGUUAUGCGAAGCUGCUCUGAUCACCGCAGAACAUUACCUCUCCAAACUUUAAAAAUCUUAAGAAAUAGAUCAGUUAUCACAAAAUUGUUUCAGGGAACAGAAACAUGUUUUUUCAAAGCUUCUAAAUUGUAUAUAUCUGACAGAAUUAUUAAUUUUUAUGAAUAUUACUUAGACUAAUAUUCUUCAUUACUAAAAGGCAGGUUCUGUGUUCCAAGAGUGAGCCAAUGUCACCUGACAGCAGCUUCCCAAGCUGCUUGGUUAUGUGCAAUUUGUAUGUCAAGUCCUCUAGUCUCUAGGUCCUUCCUCAGGAUCUCAUUCCACAUCUUUGAUCUGCCUAUUGGCACUAUAUCUCCCACUUCAAAAUAUUAAACAGACUCCAUCCAAUUAUUCUCAUGAUUUUUCUUCACAUCAGCACACCAAUGCAGUCUGCCUCUCAUGUAGUACAGGGGAAGCUUUCUCAUGAUUAGAAGGAAAAUCAGCUAUCCAAACUUCUUCUAUUCACUCCUGUCACCAACCUCUUCACUCUCCCUUUACCAGUCAUACAUGUAGUAUCCCAAGGAACAUAAUCCAUCAGUGAACUGCAAUGACUCCUCCUAAUGUCACUUUAGACUCCUGUUUGCUUCCCACUACAUACUGUAAGUGAAAUGAAUCAUAAUAUCACCAGUACAAAGACUGUUUGCUCCACCACUAUCUCUAUCUUCUGUACAACCAGUCACUGAAUACAAUUGGAUGGAAUUAUUACCCAUUAUUUAUCUUGCAUGCUGGAUGUGGCCAAAUACCACUCCUCGAUCCUUCAUGCUGCACAUUUCUUUUUAAAACUGGGACCUAUAUGUGUCUUUAGGCUUCCUGUUAUAUUCUGGGCACUGGUAGUUAGCCUUCAUCUGUGCUGGCACAGACAUGCAUGUUUAUAAUAGCAUCUUUACUUAUCAUCACCCUUGUUUUGCUCACAAUUUAAUCUUGUACCUCUGAGUUUCAUACCCGCUCUCCACCUCCUAUGCCUUAUCAUCACAUCUUCCAAGCUGUCAGGUUGGGAAUCAAGAUUAGAUAUGUAGUAUAACAGAUUACAAUAAAGUGAAAUCCUGUUUAUGAAAUGAAUGCAUUGCUAGUAUGAUAUCCUUUAGCAUUUAUCCAUGCAAGCUGUUGUAGAAGCUUUGUCAAACACCACACUGAACCAGACAUAAACAACACUCUAAUACUUCUAUUUAUAUUGAAUUUUCAGUCUUGUAUCUGAUCAUGCCAUUUCUUUUAAGGUAUAAAUAUCAACUUAUAGUAUUUUCCUUAACCAGUAAUGAGGGACAAAAACCACUGCACAUUAUCUUGCUGCUCUAUUAGAUUACUAUGUGAUGUUUGUCUCUACAACAGUGGGGUGUUGACAAGAUCUUCCCCAGCACUCUUGCUUUGCUCUCUGUGGGAUCUUGAUGAUUCCCAGCAUUCCCUCAGUUCUUCCUCUAAAAGCUUCUUGAUAGAGCUCAACAACACACAUAUCUCUCAUAUACUGCCAGAACAAGGCUUCCUCAGUGGUUAAGGGGUGUUAGCCAAUACUAUUCCACACUGGCUGAGCAGAUUUGAUGGAGGGAUGUAACAUCAAAAGAGACAAAGUUCAAAGUGUAUCUUUCCAGCCUGGGAUUUAAACUCAAGUCCUCUUGGAUGUGAGCUGAAUGCAUCAACCUCUACACCAGUGGACCACUUCCUUACACUGAUAGCUAGAUCAUUUGAAAUACUAUAGUUUAGACAUUUUUUUGUGUAAUUAUCUGCCACAUUUAAAAAAAAGAUGUAGCUUUCCACAGUUUUAAACAUAAGAUUCCAUGAUAAAUGUAAAAUCAGUGAGUAUCUACAGCAGGAACAGAGGCAAGAUAUGAUCAUUAUUGUCCGAGAAGUGGUGAGGAAUAUACUCUUAGUGUUUUUCACUCUAGAGUUACCUCAGCAUAUCAUUACUCUAUUUCUCUGUGUAAAAUGUUAUGUAUGCUUAUUUUAUGUAUGAGUAAAAGUCUCUUGUUGAAAUUUAUUAGAACUUAUUAUCAAAUAAAGAUGUUAAUGAAGCAA